AUGGGAGGACGGAAAACAGAACUUGCUCCUUCUAGUUCUGGAGGUGCAAUCAAGGACCCCCCACCCACAAGAACAACUGGAAUCGGAUCUGCAGACGUUUUCAUCCUAUCGAUAACAGCUUCCAGCAUCUUUUUAAGCUCAGAGGAAAACUUCUGUUUAACAUCCUUCGAAAACUUUCCUUUCACCUUGCUGAAAUCACCCACACCGAACAACUCCUUAUCUUUAAUUGAAUCAUCUUCCAUUCCUAUUGCACAAGUGACAUCUGUUGCCGUGACAGUUUUCCCUCCAAACACAAGACCUUCGGUUAAAAUUUUUGCGCCGGUGGAUUCAGGUCCUAUUGUCACGUCAUUGCCUAUUCUGACAACAGAUCCCCCACCAAGACCAAUGGAUUCCACAUGGGGCAUGGAAAAGUUUGUCCUGACACCAGCAAUAAAAGAAUACGCAGAGGAUUGCCGGGGAAACCCAGAUGGAAGCAGUAAACCAACGUCAGUUGUAGUUCCCCCAAUAUCUGCAACAAUAACAGGCUUUCCAUGA